AUCAGGGAGCAGACGUUCAACAUCCCCUCGCGUCGAGUCGCGGGAACUGUGACGUAUCACGUUAUAAACGAGAGAGUGAGCGAUCUGCCGUUAACCAUGGAUAUGGACCCGGAGAUGUUGUGGCUGAUCCAGAUCCUCGAGAUGACCGUCUCAAGGCGAUCUCGGAACCAGAUCGACCGCGAGUUAGACCAGAUCGACCGCGAGUCAGCACAGGCUUGCCUACAACAGAUGGCCGAAAGAACACUCCAUGAAUUCGUGCAACGACUCAGCGCCGUGCUGGUCGCAGUCGGUGCGAGCCCCGUCGCCCGCAAGGUAGCGGGUCUACAGCUCAAAAACCAACUUAUCUCCGAGGAUCCUGACAUGAAUUUCCAGUACCAGCAACGCUGGCUUACCAUUCCUGCUGAAACGAGGGAAAAUAUCAAGAACAAUAUUUUAGGAGCGUUGGGAAUGGAAAACAAUAAUACACGGAGAAAACGGCCAAGUUCCGCAGCACAAUGCGUCGCUCAUGUUGCUGUUACCGAGUUGGCAGUGGGGCAAUGGAGCGAAUUAAUUCCAUUGUUAGUCAAUAAUGUUGUCAACGCGACCAGUACCGAGAUGAUGAAGGAGGCUACUCUAGAGACUAUCGGAUAUAUCUGCCAAGAAAUCGAGAGCGAAGUGCUAGUCUCACAAUCAAACGAGAUUCUUACUGCUAUCAUUCACGGUAUGAAAGGUUCCAGCACGUCAAAUCACGUUCGACUAGCGGCUACGAGCGCCCUGUAUAAUUCCUUGGAAUUUACCAAAGGAAACUUUGAGAAAGAGACGGAACGAAACUUCAUAAUGGAAGUUGUGUGUGAAGCCACUCAAUCUACCAAUACUCAAAUCAGAGUAGCUGCGUUACAGUGUCUUGUGAAAAUUAUGUCACUAUCAAGAGACACGGUAGCGUCUCGCGCCGAGUUCUUUCUAUACAUGGAACCAUAUAUGUCUCCAGCACUGUUUCCUAUUACUUUAGAAGCGAUGAAAUCCGACAUCGAUGAAGUAGCACUUCAAGGAAUAGAAUUUUGGUCGAACGUGUCUGACGAGGAAGUUGACUUGUCAAUGGAAGAAGGAGAGGCAUCGGAAGGAGGUCGUCCACCGCUAAAAGUCUCGCGGCACUAUGCUAAGGGUGCUUUACAAUAUUUGGUACCGGUAUUGAUGAAAAAAUUAACUAAGCAAGAAGAGUUUGAUGAUGAAGAUGACUGGAAUCCUUCGAAAGCUGCUGGAGUUUGCUUAAUGUUGCUAUCCUCCUGCUGCGAAGAAGCCAUUGUUCCAUUCGUUCUUCCUUUUGUCAAGGAUAAUAUUAAGAGUCAGGACUGGAGGUACAGAGAUGCGGCUUUGAUGGCGUUCGGUUCGAUUCUCGGUGGUUUAGAGCCUGCCACGUUGAAACCGUUAGUGGAACAAGCCAUGCCCACUCUCAUCGAGCUGAUGUACGAUAACAGCGUAGUCGUCCGCGAUACCGCUGCAUGGACGUUUGGUCGCAUAUGCGAGAUGAUUCCAGAUGCCGCAAUCAACGAAACCUAUCUGAAACCAUUGCUGGAGUCUUUGGUGACCGGAUUGAAGGCGGAACCGCGCGUCGCUGCCAAUGUAUGCUGGGCAUUUACAGGAUUAGCAGAAGCGAGCUACGAGUCUGCUGAGGCAAGCGAAGACGGCAAUCAACCAGAAACAUACUGCAUGUCACAAUACUUCGAUUUUAUCAUUCAACGACUUUUGGAGACUACCGAUCGACCGGAUGGGGCUCAAGCGAAUUUGAGAUCCGCUGCCUAUGAGGCUCUUAUGGAGAUGGUGAAGAAUUCACCGCGCGAUUGUUACGUGACCGUACAGAAAACUACGAUGGUGAUACUCGAACGACUGCAACAGGUAUUGCAGAUGGAAUCUCACAUACAGAGCCAUUCAGAUCGUGCCCAAUACAACGAUUUGCAAUCGUUGCUUUGUGCGACUUUACAGUCCGUAUUACGUAAGGUUACCCCGGAGGACGCUCCGCAGAUAUCCGAUGUGAUAAUGACCGCUUUACUGGCCAUGUUUAGCUCAAACUCCUGCAAAUCAGGUGGUGUUCAGGAGGACGCGCUCAUGGCUGUCUCGACCCUGGUUGAAGUGUUGGGCGAGGGUUUCCUGAAGUACAUGGAGGCGUUCAAGCCUUACCUCUGUCUCGGCUUGAAGAACUAUGCCGAAUAUCAGGUGUGCUGCGCGGCGGUUGGUCUCACCGGUGAUAUCUGUCGUGCACUCAAAGGCAAGAUGCUUCCUUAUUGCGACGAAAUUAUGACUCUGUUGUUGGAAAACCUCAGCAAUAACGCCGUUCAUCGUUCGGUUAAACCACAAAUUUUUUCGGCCUUCGGUGAUAUCGCCAUGAGUAUCGGACCGGAAUUCAAGAAAUACCUAGAUGUUGUAUUGCAAACAUUGGUGCAGGCAUCGCAGGCUAAUGUCGAUAGAAGCGAUUACGAUAUGAUCGAUUAUCUGAACGAGUUGCGCGAGGGCGUGCUUGAAGCUUACACUGGCAUAGUUCAAGGUCUCCGCGGUGAUGCGAAUAACUGUCCGGACGCCGCUAUCGCCCUUAUCGAGCCGCACGUUCCGUUCAUCAUACAAUUCAUCACCUCGAUAGCACAGGACCGCGAACAUUCCGAGGGUAAUGUGUCGGCCGCGGUAGGCCUGCUAGGCGAUCUCGUCAUGGUAUUCGGAACCAAGCUGCUACCCAUGGUGGAGACCGAUCCGCUCAAUGAUUUGCUAGCCAAGGGCAGGAAGUCGCGCACUCAUAAAACUAAACAGCUGGCGAGCUGGGCUGCGAAAGAGAUUCGAAAGCUCAAGACUGCUGCUACCAACGCUACGUCCAGUUGAUCACCCCACGGUUGUACUGUCGUGCAAUUUGAUUUGACUAGAAAGCUAUCAAACACAAUACAAAGACAACAAGAUUGGAUGGUGCGGAUGCGAGUUGAUGGAUGUGCGUGAGUUCCAAAGCGAUGAUGACGAGAUGGGGUGAUGAGUCUGCACGUGUCCCUAUCUGGCGACGGUAUUUUAUCGAUAUAAUAUAUCGGUGUCGAUCCCAUAUGAUCCGAGAGAAAGACAUUUUUAGCGAGAAAGCGAAAGAGCGAGAGAAAGCGAGAAUGAGAGAAAGAGAGAGAGCGCGAAAGACAAAGAGAGAAUACAAACAAAAAAGGAAAAAUAAAUACCUGUCCGCCGGAUGCCGACAACGGAUGACGAGGAGUGCAAGUUGAUGUUGCCGAUGAAUGAGUCAAGGCCAAGUGAAAAGUCUGCUGAGAAGAGAGCGAAAGAGAGAAAGAUUCUGAUUGCAAGUAUGCCUGGUAUAAACGAGCUUGCGGCUUUCAUCCGCGUGAUUGAGAGAUUAUAGCCCAAGAAGAGAGAAAGAACGAGAGAGAGGACAACUUCGAUGAACGAUUAUCGUGAGCAGUGAGAUAAAUGAACGGAAGAAGAUGCGAGAGAGCGCGACAGGAACAUCAAGUGAGGUGGAUGGACAACGUACAUAUAUAUGAGUGAGGGAGAGUGAGAGCGAGAGACUCAGGGAGAAUUUUUGAAAUAAAGUGAUAGCAUGAUAGAACGAAUGAAAGAUGUAGUAAAAUGUAUCAUGUAAUAAUGUGUAUAUGUGUAUGCGUAUGUAUGUGUGCGUGUGUGUGUGUGUGUGUGUGU